GUUCACUGGCAUCUCCCCGACCUUCUUUAUCAAAAAAUAUGUUCUUUCAAAGUAACCGACCACCUCCCGAAAACGAAAUGACAACAUUCGUCACCUGUUCAUCUUCCACAACGCAACACACCCCUAUGCACAAGAUCAGGCGUAAGCCUGCUCCAACGUUACUCAGCCCAAUAACGCCUAUCACGCCUUUACGUGCUCCCAAUGUCACUCCAGCCGGAUUGCUGCCUAAGGCAACUUCAAACAGCGCAAAACCUUCCGUAAUUCCAGUACGUAUCUCAUCGCACUAUUCGUGACUUCUAGUACAUAAUCGUUUCAGGCAUCUACUUCGAACCCAUCAAAUCCAUCCAUGAAACAGGCCCUGGUAAUUCAUACACGCACUGCCUCCAACUCCACCUCCCUCUUCACAGAUCAUCGCUAUCCUCCUCCAGACCCAAGUGAUCCGUUCGCUCCGCUCAGUGUGCUGCGAGAUCGAAGUCGCAGAUGUUCUACCAACGCAUUCCUUUCUUCGUCGUAUACGUUUGCUGCUGGCAGCGAUGAUACGGGUCAUCUCAAGGGCAAGAAAGUGGGUAUGGCGAGCUCAGACAACUUGUCAGUUGCGUCGUCGACCAAGUCUUCAUUCAUGCCGGUCAAAGGUGCUAAGAAGCCAGGUGUUAUCAGAACGUUUCCGAAUGACUUCAUCAAGGAAAAGAAGAGAUCGAAACAUCCCCAAGAAAGAAUCUCAAUGUGUUCUGUCGAGCUACACCCUGAUCCGCUUUCAUCUCACGUUCUUGAUAAGAAGGAAGACGGGGUGUUCGGUGUACUAGAAACACCUAAAAAGCGCUCUAUAACUCCUUGUCCCUCACAUUACGAAUCCAAGGUUUCUCCUCCCACCCAGUUCGGUACCUUGGGACACUACACCCCUCAUAGUCGACAAAGGACGCGAUCUUCAUUUUCGGCUCUCUCUUCUCCUUCCCCGACUUUCAAACUAUCAAAUAGAAAGCAACAUGUGCUGAUACCUGCUCCGGAUGCGCAUCCUCUUCCGAGCCUAGUCAGGGAUCGUAGCGAAAGUAGUGUCAGCGGUUCCAGUUCAAGUGGAACUGGCUAUCCAAACUACGGCGGGAACACGGGUGAACCUACGUCAACACCUGAGAGAGUCCUUCCUCCUGCCUCUGCUUCGACUUUGAGCUUGGGAGGCCCUAAUGCUUCCCACCUUGACAUUUCCGACUCUUAUGCUUUGACCAUGGCACUUUUGAGUUCGCCGCAAAAGCACCCAUACGCCCGAUCUGAUGCGUAUACUCGUUCUCAAUCUUCUUCGUCAUCCCGUGAUUCUUCACCUUGCCGAUCCGAUUAUGGGAAAGGCGUGAAGUCUGAACAAACUCCCAAAGCAGCAAAGACGAAGAAGAUUGAUAUCGGUGAUACAGAAAGGCCAACUUCCCCCAGUGGGAGUAUGUUCAAAUUAGCACGGUUCUUCACUGGAGGGAAAGUUGUUUCUCGGAAGAACAGUAUAGGAAGUCUGAAGAUUCUUGAUGGGAUUACCUCUCCCAAGAUUGAGAGGAAAAAGGCAAAUUCGCCUCCUUCCCGAGGAAGAGCAAGGUCGAGGAAACUUUCUAUAUCCUCGAUGAACAUCUCUGGACCCGUCGCUGCUCCUGUGUCGAUUCCCUUGGGGAGUGAUAUUUGCCAUCGCGUUACAGACCUCCCUCUUAUUGAGAGAUCGGCUAAUAGGCCGAGGAGUCAGACGACUUCAGGGCUACCUCCGUCAACGCUUCCAAAUAGGCUGCAUUCCAGUCCCUAUCAUCCUGAAACCUCUUUCAAGUCAUCUGCAUCUGUUAGCGCAAUCGGUAUCACUGCAGCGGAUGAAUUUUAUAUCAGAGAUCAGGGGGUAGAAGACGAAGUCAACAAGGAAUUGAACCUAUCGUUGUUGAAACCUUGGACAGCGUCGAUCCCAAGGAAGAGGAGCUCACUUUCGUUGAGCGUUCUGCCAGCGUCCAUGAGUUCAGAGGCGGGAGAAACCUGCGACGCUCCGUCGGAUAUCGUUUCAACUUUGAACCUUCCGGACACCAGCUUCGCUACAUCUGAACCCAGAAAGAACAAAGGUAGCAGUGCAAGCGCUGUGAGUGCAGGAAGUAUGGGAAGUUCGUAUAUCCAUGUCGUCGAUUCUUGCGGUGAAACCGUCGUGAAGAAUGAACCAAGAUACAAGAGGGAAGAAGAUUUUACGAGGACGGGCCCUAGGCGAGCUCCUUUGCCUCCGCGGAGCAAGACUGAAGGGCUUCUAAAAUCAACAGCGAACCAUGGUAUUGCCGGAAUCAAGUUCCCUGGGUUUCGUAGAGCCCAAAGUAGUGUUCAGGAUCCUAUUCAGGGAACUGCUUUACCUAGUACUCCCGGUAGUGUUCGGGGAUUAAAAAUUUCUAGCCCGAUGCUGCAAACUACUGUAUCCUCGAACGUCAAACUUGAUUCACCAGUAACGCUACCGUCAUCGGCAACUUUGGCUUCCCCGGUCAUGCAUUCUCCCGCCAAAGGACAUGAACGGGCGAUCUCGGAAUCCAGUUGCACAUUCUUCAAUCAUUCGUCGCCGGUUAACCCGAAGAUCCCCGAGAACGAUGAUGCAGCAUUGAGCCCUCCUCUUCCCACUACCUCCGAGCUUCGAACACUUCUUGCGCUUCCCCUCUUAGAUGAACAUGGGCAGGAAGUAAUGUUCGGAGAUAUCUUGAAUGAUCCUGCAGCGGUAAACAGUGACAAGGCUGUCAUCGUUCUCUUCAUUAGACACUUUUGGUGCCCUUUAGAUCAAGACUAUGUGCAAGAGGUUGGAGAUAUUCUACGUAGACUGUCGAAAGAUAAAGACGGAUGGCAACUCGCCACCAGUGACGGAGAGCUUCGAAUCGGUGAAGAAGGCAACAAAGCAGGCAAAAAGGCAAUUCCGGAGGUCAUCAUCAUAUCGAACGGUUCCCACGCCUUGAUUGCGAAGUAUAAGGAAAUCUUUGAUUUAGAAGCAGAGAAAGGAUCGAACCUGAAGGUCAAAAUGUAUACUGAUCCGACUUGCCGAACUUAUGGCAUUCUGGGGAUGGAAAAUGUGGGUGAAGCCUGUAUCGGUGUCGUCUCCACGCCUUCCACGUUGAAGCAUAGUUCUACCAUUUCAAGCCCUCCUGACAGUCUCACGUCAAGAAGAGGCCGGGGUGGUAUCACACCUUACAAAUACGAUGCAGAAGUCCCGUUGGCUAGGAUUGACUAUCGAACUCCGCCUAGAAAAAAUAUCCAAGCUUCAUCCCCUCCAUCGGCAAGCGCUAACAUCGACUCCCGAUCUUGCCCCGACUCCCCUUCGCCCUCUGCAAUGCUCUCUGUGCUUGAAACAUCCGAGCCGGCCUCGGCUCGUUCGGUAUCACCUCUGUCAAUCAAUAGUACGCACGUAUCCACCUCCCGAUCGUAUGUCAAGCACACGUCGGUCAUUGGCGGUAUUGCUACAGUUGUUCUGCGGGCCAUCAAGGUAGGCAUGCCAGUAUGGGAGAAAGGCGGAGCAAUCAAACAGCUUGGUGGUGAACUUGUGUUUAGAGUGAUGAAAGAACAAUCAUAUGAUCAAGAGACCGGGCGGGAUCCCGAAAUGCAAGUUGCAUGCGUGUUUGCUCAUCGAAUGAGAAAUACUCAAGACCACACUCCCUUUGGAGACGUUCUCAAGAUUGCUCUCACUUCCUCUCCAUCAAAUGAUUUCGUCUCUUUUUGUCCUUCUGCUGCUCGCAUGACUCUUUCAAGUAUCAAUCAUUCGGCUUACUCCCUUAGACGGUCGUCAAAAGCUAUGCACUCUCCUUAUGAAUGCUCUACUCCUCCAUUGCGUGGAUCUCAAACUGCAUCGUCUGCACCAUGUAGCCCGUCCAAGCCCUCGCGUCGCAGAACUCAGACCGAUGUAUAUACAACGCACACAUCGACUGAGGGGACAGCAUGGUGGGUCGCUUCAACAGACGAGGGGGAGGAAGUCCUGAGCGACGAACCUCCGGAGGAUGAGCGGGUGAUGCAUGAUUCAGUGCUGGAUACCCUGAAAGAUGGACCUGUAGGCACAUGGGGAGAUAAAUUACACAUACUCCGAACGCGAGUGGCACAGGAUGGAAACAGGGAUGUAUCGGACUCCAUCAGAGGGAUUAGAGUAAGGGAUUCUAUUUGCUCAAGCAACGGUACCGCAACGGAUACUUCGAUUAAGGCGAUACGAGCCAAACGAGUUCCAAGAGGUCCUCGAAUGCGUAUGCAGAGCGUCAGUGCAGAGAGUCUGACAGCAAGUCGAAGUCGAGAUACGGUAAAGAGCUUUGGUUCCGGGAUGGAGGGUAUCGAAAGUGUGAUGGAGUACGGGGAGUCCAUCAGUUCGCCGGACUUGAGUAUUUUUGGACAGCUAGCGAUUGCUACGGGAGGUCCUUCAGAGAAUCGUUGGAGGAGACGGCGUGCGACGGAUUCCACAUCAACUCUCAACUCGAGUCUAUAUUAUGAUGCUCAUGAAGGAUUGUUGGGAAUCACUGACAAUGAUGAAGAAGAACUUUCCAGAUCGGUCGCGGUCGGUGUGGUACCUAUUGUUAGCCGUCCUGCUUCGAGGCUGUGGUGCGAAGAAAACGUUGCUUCCUCAGAGUGCCAGGAUCAAACCUUCGACAGCCUGCAGAGUAACGACACAAGUGCUGACCGGAUUGACCAGCUCACCUCCCUAUGCUCAGAAACAUCGGAUGAUGAUUACGAGGAAAAUGCAGAGAAGUUGAGAGAAUUGUUAGUGAUUCGUGCCAGUAGCAGUAUCCGGGGUAGGGGCAUUUGAGACGAAUGGAGCGAGGAAAAAGAAAACAAAAAUUGUUCAACGGGCUUUCUGGGUUUGUCCGAUGAAGAUAUUUUG